GAACAUACUAUACUAACUGUGUGUGGAAACAUUACACCGUCGUUCAUGUCCAACAUAAUAUUGUUAUUAUAGAAAGAAGGAACAAUUUAUUGCGAUGAACAGUUUAGAGAUCAACAACGUGUCAGUAUGGGAUGACAAGCGUAUUUGGCACUUCGCUUGGAACAGCCGGUGCACCAUGUUUUUGGGCAUGGAAUUAUGAUUAUGUGCUUUUGCUUACAAGAAUACCAGAUGUACCGAAAAAAGAGAUGUGUUGUUCAUAGAAUGGCCUCAAUUUGUUUUUGGAAGAAGGUAUGGCUGGUUCUCAUCACAUUCAACAAGACGUUCCGCGACUCCUGCAUAAACUUCUCUUCGUGUUCUCCCUUGCUGUGGUUUGCGCGUCGCUGUUCUUCAUUUUCUCCGGCUGCUGUGAUUUUAUUUUAGUGGAUACUGCGAAACAUUUGAAGCAAACCUCUCAACUUUUACCUUUGACUGAGCUGUUCCAAAGGAAGAAUGCCUCAUUUGAGAAGAGAGCUACAGAUGUCGGUGUGCGCUCAGCAUCCCCCGUCGGCAGCGCAGGUGCGACAGGUGCAGUUGGCGCGCAAUCAGCCAAUGUUGGUAAGGACUGGACCGCAGCAAGGAGACUACCCCAAGCAAUCAUCAUAGGGGUGAAAAAGGGCGGAACACGAGCUCUUUUGGAAUUCCUAAGACUUCAUCCUGACAUUCGAGCACUUGGCUCUGAACCCCACUUUUUCGACAGACAUUACUCACGUGGUUUGAAUUGGUACAGAUUGAACAGCCUCAUUGUCCCUCUCAGGAACCUGAUGCCCAAAGCUCUGGAGGGCCAGGUGGUCCUGGAGAAGACACCCAGGUACUUUGUGACGGCGGAUAGCCCCGGCCGGAUCCACGCCAUGUCCCAGGAGGUCAAACUGAUCGUGGUGGUGCGUGACCCUGUGACCCGCGCCAUCUCUGACUACACCCAGAUCAUAUCAAAGACUCUGGGCGUUCCCAGCUUCGAGACCCUGACGUUCCAUAACGGGACGGAGGCGUUAAAGGUGGACUCCCUGUGGAGCCCCAUCUGGAUUGGCCUGUAUGCUCUACACCUGGAGAGGUGGCUGGCCCACUUCCCCUUGGAGCAGAUCCACUUUGUCCAUGGGGAGAGGCUGGUGAGCGACCCUGCAGGGGAGCUGGGCAGAGUCCAAGACUUUCUGGGCCUUCAGAGGAUCAUCACAGACAAACACUUCUACUUCAACAAGACAAAGGGUUUCCCCUGCCUGAAGAAGCCAGAGGGCAGCAGCAAGCCCCACUGCCUGGGCAGAACCAAGGGCAGGCCACAUGCUGACAUCCACCCUCAGGUCAUCCUCAGGUUACGUCAGUUCUACCAGCCACACAACCUGCGCUUCUACCAGAUGACAGGGCAGGACUUUGGCUGGUAGGAUGGGAGCCUACAAUGAGGUGGAAAAAAGAUGGUAUCAUUGUUACCGUUCAAAACACAGGCUGCACAAAGAGGAUACAGGACAAAGCUUGAAUUGGUGUAUUUUGUGACGGUCCUGAUGUCAUCUGGAGUACCUCAAGUCCUCAUGCAACCUGUAUCGGCAAACAAAUCAAAACAGUCACACUUUAUUUUGUGACAGUUAACCGCAAGAAGUAACGUGAGUAAUGCCAUAGGCCUACUGUGUAACACCAUGGACAUACAGAGGAAAGUGACAACGACAUCCACGGUCGGAAAGCAAGUCCUCAGAACUCUAGUGUGAACUUACCCUUUACUCCACUAGAUGGCAGUCCUUCACCAACAGAGGCUUAGACGGUAUUGUCGAAGUACUGUAAACUACUUGUAAAAAUGUGAUUUGUGGUCAUGAUCGUCAUACACAUUUUUUUCUGUAGUCAGAUUGAGCAAGUAUUACCAUAAGAAAUGACAUGGCAUCCCUUAAUUUAAAUCCAAGACAAUUCAAGGCAGCUGCAUGGGCAAAUACUUGAAAUAUUUAGUAGAGUCCUGCAUUGAUCCAUUCAGUCUGUAGUUGUUUGCAGUUGGUUUUCAUUUAAAUAUUCCCUAGUUAUGAGGGGCAUUUUAUCCCAUUUCCUCAAUAUUACCAAGAAUCAUAGACAGAUUCCCAGUCCGUAUUGUCCUUAAUUUCUGACAAAGUUUGUGCUCAAUACAUUUCCUGUGUAUGUUUAUGGGUGCUGCCUUUUUCUUCAUUACAUUCUGAAGCAAAUAUUAAGAUCCAACUUUCUCUCAAACACAAACUUAUAUACAGCACAUAUAAACAUAAGCACCAAGUUGUAACCUACUGUACGUGUUGGAAAUAGCCGUCUGUACACUAAGCAUCAUAUGGCAACUAGACUUGGCUGAUAUUUGCAGCCCCAUGCCGAAUGUGGCAACAAAACUACUAACAUAGCUUGUAAAAACAGCUUCACCAUCUGCUCCAGAAUAACAGUAAUGAUAAGAAUAGUCAUGGCCUUGGCUCUGGAAACAUACAGGAGGAGGUUGAGGACAAGUGUUGUUUAUUCAGUCAGCUCCAUGUUCCUUUAGCCAUAAUAUUAGUAAUGAUCUUCUCAAUGGGAUCCAUUAUGCCUUAUAUAGUCCAGUGAGUUUGGGAUCCUGUAUAUGAGAGCCAAUUUAUGGUCAUUCUAAUGAAGAGGUCACCAAGCCUGGUCCUGUAAAGCCUUAUAGAUCUCGUAGGCCCUGUUCUGAUACUGUGAAAAUGUUUCUCCCCUUUGUGUUUUGAAUUGGAACCUAUCCAAUCAUGUUGGAGCAGUCAUAACCUCAAUGAAGGGAGGAUGGAAGGUACAUCCUAACAGGAUUGGAAUGGGGCCCUGCAGGCCCAGGGUUGGUGACCACUGUCUUAGCAGUAGGCCUCUCCCUGUGGUUCUGUCAUGCUGUCCAGGCCCAUUACAUAGGCUGCUCCAGUGGAGGGUUUGUGCCCAUUGACAGGGAGGUCCAGAGGCCCAGCAUUUCCUUCUCCCCUUGCAGGCACAGCCGUCAGGUACAUGUCCCACAUCUGCUCUGGCAGGUCCAUCUCCAGCAGCUUCUGCUUGAUCCUCAGGUUCUUCUCAAUGUUCCGCCGCUUGUACUUGAACUCUACAAUGGUCUUGGUGUACCUGUUUAGUGCUGUCACCGCAGAAGCCAUGCAGGUGGCGAAGGAGCCCCAUGCUAAGCUGGGGAGGGGGAAGAAGAAGUACAGAGGAUGUGAUUAACCUCAGCAUGCAUGCUCUCUCCAUCAUGACCGUGCUACUAUACAUGGCCUCAGAAUGCUAGCGUCGCUUAAAAUUGCACUAGAGUAUUAGAGUUUAAUCAGAGACAACUCCUAUUGUACAGCACCUAGUGUAACGGUAAGUGACCUAGUCAGUACAUACAUGUAGGACCAGCUGUAGUCCCAGGUCUUGGGCCUCCAGUCCUCCGGACCCAUAGCCACAGCCAGCUGAAAGGCCGUGGUGAACAUCAUGUGGGCAACCAUCCCCAA